AUGGGAAAAAGAAAUUCAGAGAUCAGAGCAGAGGAAAACCCAAUUGAGAGUAAGAGUGUAGGUGACUUGCAGUCUAGAGAGCGAGGUGCUCCAAGUACUGAGAGCGGGAAAGAAACGGUCCAACAAACCCCACUAGUGGAUGUUUCAAUGAAAACAGUAUGGAAAGAUGUGAGCCAUCAUAAUCCCCCGAGAUUUAAGGGCGACAUGAAUCCAGUUGAGGCUGAAAGUUGGAUUGAUAAACUAGAGACCAUUUUCAGAGCUGCCCCUUGCAUUACUCAACAUAAGGUGCAAGUAGCUAUUGUGCUGUUAGAGGGACGAGCUAAGCGCUGGUGGGAAAGUGUGAGCCCAGCUGAUGACUCACAUGUUACUUGGAAUGAAUUCAAGAGGAUGUUCUUCGAUCACUAUUUCCUGCCUGCCUUACGUCAAGACAAGGAAUCAGAGUUCUUCGCCUUGCAACAAAACAAUAUGCAUGAAGAUGACUUCAUUGCUAAGUUUAUAGACUUGUCCAAGUAUGUGACAUUGUUGCGGAGGGAUGAGGACUCAGGGUGGAUGGCUAGGCAAUUACGAGAAAGAGCUAGACCAGACUUGAAGCAACAACUGGCCUUGGUUCUAGUGACUGAUUUUGGAGAUAUGUGUACCAACCUUCGAGUUGCAGCUAGGCGGACUCGUGAGGUUAAGGAAGCUUGUAAAAGGGAUUCUCAAGGGCGGUUUUCCUCAUACCCUGGACCAAGUGGAGGGGUUAGUAAGAGAAAUAAUACGGGCAUAGGAAGUGUAGGUCCAUAUGGAAAGAAUCGAAGUUUAAGCCACAAGAAGUCUGUACAGAAGGGCUCAGCCCAGAAGAGCAUAAUCUCAAGAUCUCAGUCUAAUAGAAACCCGAUCACUCAUCAUGAAUCAGUGAUGUCAACCCCUACUAUCCAUGGACCUUGCUUACAGUGUGGAAGGAACCAUCCUGGAAAAUGUUGGGAAUGCUACAAGUGUCACAAGAUGGGGCACAUUGCUCGUUAUUGUCCUGAGAAUCAGCAUAACAUUCAGAACUCCAGGGAUACUCGAUCAAUAAUGCCAGGCCGUGUCUUUGCUAUUACUCAAGAAGAAGUAGGUGCUGCCCCUAACACCAUCAAAGGUAUGAUAUCCCUUCAGGGACAUAAUGUUGAAGCACUCUUUGAUUCUGGUGCUACCCAUUCCUUUGUUUCUCAUAAAUAUGUCUUGCAUUCUAAUUUGCACAUCUCGGAGAUGCCUAUUAUUUUGAGUGUGUCUACUCCUGCGGGUUUUUCUGUUAGAACUACUCAAGCUUGUUUAAACCUUACAUUAGACUUUAAAGGCCGUAGAACAACAAUAGAUCUAAUUUGUUUGCCAUUACAAGGAAUGGAUGUAAUUAUUGGGAUGGAUUGGUUAUCACGUAAUAAUGCUGUACUAGAUUGUAGAAAAAGAGUAGUUGUCUUCCCUGAAGAUAUGGUGCCUACAGAACCAUCUAGUAGGUCAGUAUUCUUAUCCGCCACACGAGUAGAUGAAUGCAUACGGAAAGGAUGUCAAGCCUAUGCGGUGUUCUUCUCAAUACAAGUGGAUACCGAGGAAGGAAUCGAUCAUAUUGACGUGGUUAGGGAAUUUCCUGAAGUCUUCCCUAAGGAAAUGACCGGGUUACCUCCUGAGCGAGAAGUUGAGUUUACAAUUGAUUUAGUACCAAGCACGACACCUAUAUCCAAGACUCCUUACCGAAUGUCUCCAUCUGAGUUGAAUGAAUUAAAAAGAUAG